UAUAUGGCUGCUUGUAGCCACGUCUUCCAUGAAUUAUUUUGAAGAGAAGAAAUGACUUAGAAGACUGUGGUGCCUCUUCUGCUUCUGCAAGGUCAUUGUGUGAACCCUCAGGAAACACUAAAAACAGAAGAUUCACAGGCUCAGAGAGCUGAAAUGGUGCAAACAGAAAUUUCUCCUGCUGCAUGAGAAGAACGGUCUCCUGUGUCAAGAGUGCUGCUGCCCUGCCUUUCGAAUCAUGGAUUCUUCUUACUGACUUCCUUUUUCUAGCAGUGGUCUUUUGCUGGAGAGUGUAGUAGGUAUUUCGUACCAUAAACUUGCUGGGAAAGGGAUGUUUACAGUUUAAAACACGGAGAGUGUGCUGUCUUGUUCUCAGAGGUUAUUGUCGUACCUGCUUGCGAGCCCAGUGAAAAGUGAAUUCAUUUCAAACAUUAAUCCGGGCAGGCUUGACAGGAAGAAAUCAAAUGUCCUUGAAACCGCGUGAAUUAGUGUAUGGUGGACGAUGAUGAACACGGAUGAGCUAUGUGACAAGCGAAAGUUAGCAAUAACCUUUUCAGAUGUGUGUUUGUGUGCUGCAAGCCGACGAGCUGGCAGGACCAGAAAUAGCUUCGCAGAUGGUGCUUGGCACGGCAGCAGCAGCUCUCCGCUCGCGCGCUCCUCGCGCUGCCUGUCACUCGCGUCGCCCAAUGGCCGCCCGGGGAUGCGGGACAGCGAGUGUGAGUUGGGCUGGCAGGAGGCGGCGAGGUCGGACGUCAGGAUCGCACUACGCAUGGCUGAGUCAGUGGCUGCGAGGAAUUGAGCUGAAUUAAUAGCUAGAGGGGGGCGCGUCUCUGAAUGGGCUGUGGAGCCGCGAUCUCUCAUCCUUGAGGGGAAGAUGAUGGAGGAAAAAGUAAGGCUCGCUCGUGCUGCGCUGAACUAAGUGAAGAGAGGAUGGAAAUAGCAAAUAUGCUGAACUUAACAAGUAAUGCCAAAGGAUGCUGAUCUGGCUUUCAAGGCUGUCUUCUUGGAAGGAACAGAAUUCCUUUGUGCUCUGAUUCCCAAAUUAUUUCCAUGCUUCUGUGUUUCCUCCCUGACAGAUACAAGAGGAAGCACUUCAUCUCGUAUUGCUAAAGGAGUAGACUGUACAAAAAUGAGCCUCCAUGGUGCAAGUGGUGGACACGAGAGGUCAAGGGACAGACGCAGAUCAAGUGACAGAUCUCGUGACUCAUCCCAUGAAAGAGCAGAAUCUCAGCUCACUCCGUGCAUCAGGAAUGUUACUUCACCAACAAGACAGUACCAUUCUGAUCGAGAAAAGGAUCACAGUUCAUCUCGACCAAGCAGCCCUCGUCCUCAGAAGACUUCCCCUAAUGGUUCCACUGUUAGCAUGGGGAACAGCAGCAGGAACAGUAGCCAGUCGAGUUCAGAUGGAAGCUGCAAGGCUGGUGGAGAAAUGGUGUUUGUGUAUGAAAAUGGGAAAGAGGGAGCUCGGAAUGUAAGAACUUCUGAACGGGUAACGCUUAUAGUGGACAACACCAGAUUUGUUGUAGAUCCUUCUAUCUUCACUGCACAACCAAACACAAUGUUGGGCAGGAUGUUUGGCUCAGGCAGAGAACAUAACUUCACACGUCCCAAUGAAAAAGGAGAGUAUGAAGUUGCAGAAGGAAUUGGGUCCACUGUGUUUCGUGCAAUUCUGGAUUACUACAAGACUGGAGUGAUACGCUGUCCUGAUGGGAUAUCUAUUCCUGAAUUGAGAGAAGCAUGUGACUAUCUCUGUAUCUCUUUUGAGUAUAGUACUAUUAAAUGCAGGGAUCUCAGUGCUCUCAUGCAUGAAUUGUCAAAUGACGGUGCUCGCAAACAAUUUGAGUUUUAUCUAGAAGAAAUGAUUCUCCCCUUAAUGGUAGCCAGUGCCCAAAGUGGUGAGAGAGAGUGCCACAUCGUUGUGCUGACAGAUGAUGAUGUUGUUGACUGGGAUGAAGAGUACCCUCCACAAAUGGGAGAGGAGUAUUCCCAAAUUAUUUACAGCACAAAGUUGUAUCGAUUCUUCAAAUACAUUGAAAAUAGAGAUGUGGCCAAGUCUGUUUUGAAGGAAAGAGGGCUCAAGAAGAUCCGACUGGGCAUUGAAGGUUACCCUACAUACAAAGAGAAAGUGAAGAAGCGACCAGGCGGAAGGCCAGAGGUGAUUUACAACUAUGUCCAAAGGCCAUUUAUUCGGAUGUCAUGGGAGAAGGAGGAAGGGAAGAGCCGGCAUGUUGACUUUCAGUGUGUGAAAAGCAAAUCUAUUACGAAUCUAGCAGCAGCAGCAGCAGAUAUACCCCAGGACCAGCUUGUGGUAAUGCAUCCUACCCCCCAAGUAGAUGAGCUGGAUAUUCUGCCUAUUCAUCCUCCACCCAGUAACAGUGAGAUGGAUACUGAGGGACAGAACCCGCCCCUUUGAUCCAGACUGUUACGAAACAAAAGCAUGCUCCAUUACAGUGACUCUGUACUCAACUCAUACUACACUGCAAUUCCAGUUUUCUCCAUUGUGUAAUGGUGUUUAGGAUAUUGCCGUACGGACCUUUGGAAAGACCAAGGGCAGUCUGAUUGUUUUUUUUGAAAGGGUACAGAUCAAACAUCCUGGGGUUACAGUUACACGCGUCUUUGUUUACCGGUAGGUUUGUGACGUUGGUUAUGUGUAUGCUGGACUGUCCUCGCUCUUAAGCCCAUCAACACCGACGGGAUGCCGGGGGCUAGUGUGCGUUCAGUAUUGUUACACGGGGGUUAGAAUGCAGGAUUUGGAAUUGAUAGUAGCACUUUACAAAUGGUUGAUAAAUGGAAUUUCAAGCCAUUUUUUAUAAACGUAUUGCACAAUACUAACAAAGUGCUUCUAUCAAAAGUAUUAACUACAAAUAGUUUUGCUCUGAAUAGAUUGACCCUUCUGAAGUUAUUGCAUACGGUUGAGCACAAAACUACUUAUCAUGGGGUUUUUGGAUUGAGGACGUGAUUCAAUUACCCAUGUAACACCUUGUUGAAGUUCUUCAGUGAAUUUUUUCACUUGUUUGCAGCGUGAGCCAUGUUCAGAAGUUGUGAACAACGGAUAGGGGCUUUAUCUUAAAUUUUGCCUUACCUUACUAUGUUCACAAAUAUUUAUUUACUAAAUUUUUCAUAAGUGUCAUGAAAUAGGAAAAUGCAAACGGUUCAUUCUUCAUUUAUUGAUUGUAAACAAGUUUUUCAUGCAAAUAAAAUUUCCAUUAUUUUAAUGGGUUUGAA